CAGUGCUGAUGUGAAUGAUCAAUAGGCCUGAUGUCAGCUGUGAGAGAAGGAGGUGUUCAUUAGCCUUCAUAUGAGCUUCAUAAGAAGACACGACACUACAGACUGGUACGGCCAGGACAGGUGAAAGAUGUUCAGCGCGACGCAGAUAUCCAAGUCCCAGUUCCUGGACAAAGCGCGGCUGGCGCGGGAGGAGAGGAAGGGACAGAAGGAGAAGGAGAGAGCGGCGACGCAGAUCCAGGCUCUGGUGCGCGGGUUCGUCUGUCGCUCUCGCCUGCAAAGGGACAUCAGGAACGAUGUGGACGAGUUCUUCACAGCAGCUGAGACAGGAAGCAUUAAGAAAAACGCGCUGUCCAUCUUCAAAAUCGCAAGGAAGUUAUUGUUCGUAUUUGACAAGGAGGAUUCGGCGAGGUUUGAGAAGCUCUGUCGAAUAAUUCUGAGCAGCAUGGACGCCGAAAACGAGCCGAAAGUUUGGUACGUCUCUCUGGCGCUGUCCAAAGACCUGACCAUGUCCUGGCUCAAACAGAUCAAAGACCUGCUCUGGCUCUCCUGCGAGUUCCUCAAAAAACUCAAGCCGGACAUCCUGCAGGAUAAUAAGUUAGUGACCCUCUAUCUGACGAUGCUCAUCACCUUCACUGACACAACAACAUGGAAAAUAGUCAGAGGGAAAGGUGAGGCCCUGAAGCCUGCCCUAAACAGGUUGUGUGAGAACAUCAUGGGUCACCUGAACCAGAAGGGCCUCUACUACGUCCUGCAGAUCCUGCUGACGAACGGCUUGGCUCGGUCCAGACCGUCUCUGUCUAAAGGCUCGCUCACCGCCAUCUUCACCCUGUCACUCAGACCCGUCAUAGCAGCACAUUUCUCUGAUAACCUGCUGAGAGCUUUCCUCCUCCACAUCAUGUCUGUCCCUGCCAUCAUCUCCCAUCUCAACACACUCACCCCAGACUGUAUGGUCACUAUACAGACUCAUGAUCUGCUGAGGAAGUUUGUCCUGUUCCUGAGUCGUGAGGAGCAGUGUUUAGACAUCUGUGUGUGUCUGGAGGGAAGUCACACACUCUGUUUACUGGGUAACCUGAUCCAGCUGGGCUACCUGAACGUGAAGGUGUUGGAGGAGGAGGCGGGACACUUUGUGAGAGAUCUGACACACAUGCUGUCCUACUGCCAGAGAUACGUCUAUCAGAAGAAGUCCAACCUCACACACUGGCACCCGGUGCUGGGCUGGUUCUCACAGAACGUUGACUACGGGCUGAACGAGUCGAUGCCGCUGGUGACCAAGCAGCUGCAGUGUCUCUGGAGUGUCUCUGUGAUCUGCACGCUCUUCUGUGACGUCCUCAGUAAGAAACUGGAGGUACAGGAGUCCUCGGUCCCGCCUCCUCCUCAGCCCAGCACGUCUCAGAACAACCUGCCCGUCAAAAAUCUGUUUAAGCGAGCGUUCCAGCGGUCGGCGUCGGUCCGGAACAUUCUGAAGCCGGUCGGGGGGAAGAGGGUCGACUCGCUCGAGGUCAAGAAGGUGUGCAGUGUGUGUGUGCUGUAUCAGACGGCCCUCACCACGCUCACACAGAUCCGCCUCCAGAUCCUCACAGGUCUGACGUACCUGGACGAGCUGCUGCCGAAGCUGUGGGCGUUUAUCUGUGAGCUCGGACCUCAGGGAGGACUCAAACUCUUCCUCGAGUGUCUCAACAACGACACGGACGAGUCCAAGCAGCUGCUCGCCAUGCUCAUGCUCUUCUGUGACUGCUCACGACAUCUGAUAACGAUCCUGGACGAUAUCGAGGUUUAUGAGGAGCAGAUCUCCUUUAAGAUGGAGGAGCUCAUCACCAUCUCCUCCUUCCUCAACACGUUUGUGUAUAAAAUGAUCUGGGACGGAAUUCUGGAGAAUGCGAGAGGGGAGAAGCUGGACCUGUUCCACAGCGUGCACGGCUGGCUGAUGGUGCUGUAUGAGAGAGACUGUCGCAGGAGGUUCACACCUGAUGAACACUGGCUGCGCAGGGACCUGAAGCCCAGUACGCUGUUCCAGGAGCUGGAUAAAGGCAGGAAGAGAGCUCAGCUGCUGCUGCAGUACAUCCCUCACGUCAUUCCACACAAGAACAGGGUUCUGUUGUUCCGGAACAUUGUGACGAAGGAGAAGGAGAGGCUGGGAUUGGUGGAGACGAACUUCGCCUCUCCACAUGUGACGCACAUCACUAUCAGACGCUCUCGCAUGCUCGAGGACGGAUAUGACCAGCUGCGUAAGCUGCCCGUGAACUCCAUCAAAGGCGUGAUCCGUGUGAAGUUUGUGAACGACCUGGGGAUGGACGAGGCCGGGAUCGAUCAGGACGGAGUGUUUAAGGAGUUCCUCGAGGAGAUCAUUAAGAAGGUCUUCAACCCUGCGCUCAACCUCUUCAAGACGACCAGUGGGAACGAGCGCCUGUACCCGUCCCCCACGUCCGGGCUCCAUGAGAACCACCUGCUGCUGUUCGAGUUUGUGGGUAAGAUGCUGGGUAAGGCUCUGUACGAGGGCAUCGUGCUGGACGUCCCCUUCGCCUCGUUCUUCCUGAGUCAGGUGCUCGGACACCACCACAGCUCCUUCUACAGCUCCAUCGACGAGCUGCCCUCGCUCGACUCCGAGUUCUACAAGAACCUCACGUCCAUCAAGCGCUACGAUGGUGAUGUCAGUGAUCUGGGUCUGACUUUAUCAUACGAUGAGGAUGUGAUGGGGCAGUUAGUGUGUCACGAGUUGGUUCCAGGAGGAAAGACCAUUCCUGUUACCAAUGAAAACAAGAUCAGCUACAUCCACCUGAUGGCGCAUUUCCGCAUGCACACACAGAUAAAGGACCAGACGGGGGCGUUUAUCCGCGGAUUCCGCAGCAUCAUCAACCCUGAGUGGCUGCACAUGUUCUGUACCCCUGAGGUGCAGCGUCUCAUCUCCGGGGACAACGCAGAGAUCGACCUGGACGACCUCAAGAAGCACACCGUGUACUACGGCGGCUUCCACAGCAGCCACAGGGUGAUAAUCUGGCUGUGGGAGAUCCUGUCCAGUGAGUUCACUCCUGACGAGAGAGCCAUGUUCCUCAAGUUUGUCACCAGCUGCUCCAGACCUCCUCUGCUGGGCUUCGCCUAUCUCCGACCCCCCUUCUCCAUCCGCUGUGUGGAAGUGUCCGACGACCAGGACACGGGGGACACUCUGGGCAGUGUGCUCCGUGGUUUCUUCACCAUCCGUAAGAAGGAGCCGGCCGGCCGCCUGCCCACAUCCUCCACCUGCUUCAACCUGCUCAAACUACCCAACUACAGCAAGAAGCACGUCCUCAGGGACAAACUGCGCUACGCCAUCAGCAUGAACACGGGCUUCGAGCUCUCUUAACACAAACCUGAACGUCCUCACACACACACACACACACACACACACACACACACUCACACUCCGUCAGAGAUUCACACAUCAGCAGUGAUCAGAAGGCAGACAGGAAGCGGAAAUCCAGACCUCUGACGUUCAGAGACAGGAGACAUCACCUGCAGCACACAGGAAUCAGUCAGUGUGUUCAUUACACACACACACACACACACACACACACACACACUGAAUGGAAACCUCAGCUCUACUCAGCAUCUGAAACCAAAGUGUCUGUACUGGCCUUAUUCAAACCCCUCCAGCAGAUCCUUCUUCACUUCAUCUUCAUCAGCUCGACCUCGUGACCCUUUAGCUAUAAAAUAUCUCACGACUCGUUUGGAUGGAGCUUUAAACUCUGCGUGAGGAUCGGGACGGAACCCCUCACGUUAGUCACGUCAUCACAGUAACGCGUCCGAGGGUGUCUCUCAGGCUUACGGACGGAGACGGGGACUCGGAGACGUAGACUCGUCUCUCGGUCUCUCGCUCUCCGCAACAGAAAGCAAUACAGAUGCAGCACAAAGCCAUGACACACACACACACACACACACACAUCACAUGAAGAAAACUUUAAGAGAAACUACAGCUGAGGAUUUCCCUGUGUGAAAAAUCUAGAAUAAUAAAUUCCCAUGUUUUUGUGUUCACACUACAGGAGGAGAGAGAACGUAUUAACGUUUAUUAUUAUUAUUAUUAUUAUUAUUUGCACGUUAUUUAAUGUAGCGCCCCCUGCCUGGAGUCUCAGUGGAAAUUACAGACUAACAGUUUAACAGAGUUUAUUGUUGUAACGUUGAGACGAUCAGAGAGAGAAAUGGACGGAGCCGCGCGGCACAAACCACCAGCAGCGCGACACAAACGCAGUCUGUUAAACAAGCAGGUGGAGCUCGAGGUGUGUGUGUGAGAGACGUCCCAUCCUGGGUCACAUGACUCCCACUAACGGAAUAAUAGUUUUUUUUUCCCCUCCAAAAUGUCCCUUUGUUCAGGUGAUUAAUUAUUUUACCAUUUGUUUUAAUUCCUGCGUCAUGUUUAUUGACCACAUGGAGGCGCCGUACUGUGUGUUUCGGACUCGAGUGGAGAUGAUGUGAAGGAACGUCUUUAUUUUACGCACACACCCACACACACACGCACACACACUGCUCCAGCACGAGUGUUAAGAGUGUUACACUGGAAACAAGCCAUAUUGAAGGAGAAGACGGAGUCGUCCCCCAGCUCUGGGAUUAUUUAGAGACUGGACUCUAACACACUCGGACCUUCUCCUCCUGCAUGAUGUCACUGGACGCUUCAAAACUCUGGUCCUGUUACCCCAUUUAAACCCGAGGGCAUUCCCCCCCCCUCUCUUUUAGGAAUGUACAGAUGAAGAGUGUGAUGAUGAAGGAGAGGUCUGAAGCAUGGUGCUGGUGCGGGAGUUUGUUAAAGGGCUGCUGUGGUGCAGAGCAAUAGCUUGUCUGCUCAUUGUGUAUACAGUGCAGUGCUUUCCCCUGUCUAGUGUGUGUGUGAGUGUGUGUGUGUGGUCCUAAAUCAGACUCUUAAAUCAUCUCCACAUUAUUACUGCAUAUUGUCCACAUUCUGUCCUUCUAAUCCCAGUAUUAGUGUCUCUCAUUCACACAGCACUGCUGUCAUGUGACUGAUCCUGGACAGACGUCUUUUUUUCUCUCAGAAGUCUCCAGGUUUGGGAGUCACUGCUGCUUGUCUCACUCGUCCCCCCGUUCUGACUAACAGCUCUGUAUUCUGCUCUCAUCCGUCUGAAUUUCUUCUUUCGAAUCCUCCUUUCUGUACGACUGAAGCUGAACAAUGCUGCUGAUCCUGUAGAGUUUAACCCACGGGCUCUGGACUGUGUUUUUAUCCAGAUGGAGCGGUGUGUGUGUGUGUGUGUGUGUGUGUGUGUGCUUGGUCUUCAUACACUCAUCCCUGUGUGUGUGUCUGUGUGUACCUGCUCUAUGGGUUGAAGAGAUGACCUUUAAUGCAAAACAAACUAUAGAGAACAGAAGUUACAGUCUGAGUGUGACUGAUGAUCUUCAGACUUUAAUGAUGUCAUAAAAUCCCCCUCCUUUACCUUAAAAGACUAAACUCUUCUUCUUUCCUGUGGUUUCUGUGCUUGAGGAUGUUUCUUGGACUCGGUUGCACUACAGAAACAGCAGGUGACUAUAGGAAUGAGAGAAGCAGCGUCACUGUAAACUUCUGUAUUAUCAUGUGUAAUAAUAUUUCUUCUGUACAAUGUAAACUUAUUCAAUUCAAUCAUGUACACAUUGUAAUAUUCUAAAGUCUUUACUAAACAA